AUGUCGGUGACGAUGAAUUGCGUGUCAAAUUUUAUGGUGGCACAGAACUUUCUCUCGAUUGCGGAAGUUGUUGGGACUCGUUCGACGUUCUUGAUUCUGGCUGCCAUUGAUGUUCUUGCGUUUGCGUUUGUGUUUAUGUUUGUGCCGGAGACGAAAGGAUUGAGUUUUGAGGAAGUCGAAAGGACAUGGAACGAGAGAGCUUGGGGUAGGAGCAAGCGAUUUCAAUCUGAAGCUCAGAUUCAGGCUUCUCUUCAUUUAUCUUGUACACGUGUGUCUUGUAAUUCUAUUAAACAUUCAUCUGAAAGGAGUUUGGAAAUUUGA